AUGGCGGAGGCGGGAAAGGAGCUGCCGGGUCUCGGCCUUCCUGGUGGAGACGCGGUGCAGUGGCCUUUGCAGCGCUAUGGCCGCUUCAUGCCCUCGGGCACGGGAGAGCCACCUGGGUCUGGCCUGGAAGCUGGGAUGGCUUCUUCCCCCACGUGGAAGGUUUUUGACUCCAGUGAAGAAUCUGGGUAUCUUGUUCUCACCAUAGUUGUCUCAGGUCAUUUCUUCAUUUCCCAAGGACAGACACUACUGGAAGGGUUUUCACUCAUUGGUAGCAAGAACUGGUUGAAGAUUGUAAGAAGAAUGGAUUGUCUGCUGUUUGGAACGACGAUAAAGGACAAGAGCCGCAUGUUCCGGGUGCAGUUUGGUGGCGCGUCGCCGGAGCUGGCGCUGGAGCACUGCUGCAGCUGUGUGCAGAGCCUGGCCCAGUACACGACGGUCCAGGCGCCCGACGGGGCCGGCCGGCAGCUCGGGGCGCCGCGGGGCCCCGCCACGGCGCGGGGGAGCGCCCCACCGGGGUGCCUCCCCGGGCUUCCUCUGAAACAGCCUUGCCAGCAGCAGCCGGAGCAGCAGCAGUGGGUACCGGCUGGCACGAGCGCCCCAGGAAGGACCUCGGUGACCCGCUUAGCGCAGUCUCUCCUGACGUCAGAGGAGCUGCCCCUUGUCUACGAACAACCUGCGUGGAGCGUGGAAGAGUUAGGCCCCUUCCUGCGCCUGUGCCUCUUGGACCAGCAUUUCCCAGCCUUUGUGGAAGAGGUGGAAAGGGAACUGAAAAAGCUGACGGGGGUGGGGAAUUAGCACUGUGUACACUGAGAACUAAAGUGCUUGAAAGCA